CUAACUCAUUUAUUGCUUUAGGCUUUUCCAAAGAGUACAUUCUUUACACUGUACAUGUUUUAAGUCCAUUGUUUACAUUUGAAUUCCCUGCUCUAUCAUGCCUACAGGGCUUUUCUGUUGGCUACAACCACACUAUCAGAACAGCUGGUAGAGAGUAAAGUCACAGUCAAGACGCUCUUUGGAGCUCUGUGCGUAAUGACAAGGCAGUCUUCUCAGACUGGAGUUGCGCGUGCCAUGUCACAUCUCUUUACUUUACCUCUUGGCUUUUACUGGCAGUUUGCCUAACUUCGUGCAUAAAGAGGACUAAAACAUGGGUAAACGGCACUAAAAUCCAAACCUGGUCUUCGUAAUCAUCGAAUAUGUUUUGCUCGCUCGAUUUUGUAUGAUAUAUAUAUAUAUAUCUCUUUCAUAACCUCAUGGAAUUAGUUUGCUUUUAUGUUGGAUAAGUAAUACAAAAUACUUUAUUGAAUAAUGACUUGGUUUUGGAACUAAUUUAAUUUAAAGGGAGCUCUCGAGGCUAUUUUAAAUGUAAAGCCUGUGUCUGAAAUGAAUUACUCCUCCAAGUGAACUGGACAGAACUAAACCAUGGAGAAUGUUACUUCAAUUCCAGAUAACCAGACGCUUGGUCCAUGGACUGAUUAUAGCAUGGAAUACAAAGUGGUCAGCAUAUUUUUUGUGAUUCUCAUCUGUGGGAUAGGAAUAGUUGGAAAUGUUAUGGUGAUUCUAGUUGUUCUUACAACCAAACACAUGCGGACACCCACCAACUGUUACCUGGUGAGUUUGGCCGUGGCCGACCUGAUGGUUCUGACGGCGGCGGGACUGCCGAAUAUUACACAGAGUUUGUAUGGAGGAGGCUGGGUGUACGGAUACGUCGGGUGCCUUAGCAUCACUUAUUUCCAGUACUUGGGCAUCAACGCGUCUUCGUGCUCUAUCACCGCUUUCACUAUUGAGCGGUACAUAGCCAUCUGCCACCCCAUAAAAGCGCAGUUUAUGUGCACUCUGUCAAGAGCAAAGAAAAUCAUAGUGGUCGUUUGGGCUUUUACCUCGCUCUACUGCGCCAUGUGGUUUUAUCUGUCUGACAUAAACGAGUUGAUUUACGACAAUAUUACCGUGGUCUCAUGCGAAUACAAAGUGUCAAGAAAUCUUUACCUGCCAUUUAUCUACUUCACGGACUUUGCCAUGUUCUACGUGGUGCCCCUCAUGCUAGCCACGGUUCUGUAUGGAUUUAUCGCUAGAAUUCUUUUCCUCAACCCAUUGCCGGCUGACCUCAAGGAAAACACAAAGUGGAAAAAAGAAUCACACCAAGGAAAUAGGAUGACGAGCACCAACAAUUCAUCCUGUAGCACAACCAUCCGCUCUCGCAGGCAGGUGACUAAGAUGUUAGCUGUGGUGGUGGUGCUCUUUGCCCUCCUCUGGAUGCCCUACCGGACGCUGGUGGUGGUAAACUCCUUCCUGGACAAGCCUUACCUGGACCUCUGGUUCCUACUCUUCUGCCGCAUCUGCAUCUACCUGAACAGCGCCGUCAACCCGGUCAUCUACAACGCCAUGUCUCAGAAGUUUCGCACCUCCUUCAAGAAGUUGUGUCACUGCGGUCCGCAGCGACUGGAGAAGCCGGCAUCUUACAGCUUGGCCCUGACCUACAGUGCCAUCAAGGACACAACCAAUGGAGAGAGCCCUGACCACUUCACUACUGAGAUGGAUGAGCUGGCCACACCCACAUCCAGUGACCAGUUCCUGCCCAGCACCAAGAGGAUAUCAUUCGAGGACACCUCUCUGUAAGGCAGGGUUGCCCUUUGCACUGCCUGACGGAAAAAAAGAACUCCAUUCAGGCAACAAUGAUUACCUGAAAGGAUCUUCUUAUCCUUAAGCUCUAGUUUGUGAAUUCAAAAUGGUCUCCAGCAGCAUACUUCCAAUUCUAUUCUAUAACUCAUUUUCUGUCGAGGAAUUGAUUUAAUAUUUGAGCAGUACAACGGCAAACAUUAAAUGCCCAAAAAUGUGUUGUUAACAGAGGUACUACUUCAUUUCUUUAUCUAGCAUGGUGAAAAUAUAUUCUCCCCUCUCUCUGUAGCCAUCUUAGCACAAAGCACCCAAUUAUAGGCAUGGUUUAAAUCCGUCCUAAACAUUGUGUGACACACACAUUUCAUUUCCAAGGUAAUGAAAUGUGUGUGUGUGUGUGUGUGUGUGUGUGUGUGUGUGUGUGUGUGUGUGUGUGUGUGUGUGUGUGUGUGUGUGUGUGUGUGUGUGUGUGUGUGUGUGUGUGUGUGUGUGUGUGUGUGUGUGUGUGUGUGUGUGUGUGUGUGUGUGUGUGUUCGUGUGUGUGUUUUAAAGAUAAGCUCACUCUACAGGAGGAAUCAAACUGUCUGGGCUGUUGUUAAAACCACCCUGCUACCUUCCAUGUUUUAAAACAGCACAGGGAGAAUGUGAUCACUGACCACAUUUCAAAGGCAGAAUUCAAAGGAGGCAGAGUAUCAAAACCAUCUCUGCUCAAGGGGUGUAAAUAUCACACAUUGCUUUAAAUUGAAACCUGCCUGUCAGGGAAAUAGAGAUGAGGUGGGAUGAAGUUUAUUUAAAGGUUACAGAUGAUGAAAAGGACUGAUAACAAAGCAAUGACACGCCGGAUCUGUCAUCCGUUUGAUUCCUCAAUACCAUUUGACUUAUAGUAACCUAAUUGGCUAAGAGGUUCACCCGAUAUGAAACGUUCCGCAGGGGCUCGUGUCAAAAAUGCAGCAUGGUUAAACAUCCUGCUGUAUCUGUAAUGGACUACUGUGGUGUGGAUUCAAUCAACAAGUGUUGGAAGGUCCAGAGUCAAUAGCGAGAAAGAUCUUUGAUGACUCAGACACCUGGGUGGUUGAUGGUUGUCUCUAGGUCAGGGGCCUGACAUGACCAGACCAAACAUUAUGUUGACAUCCUCAACAGCAGAGACUAAUGGUAGCAUUUCCCUAUAAUGGAUCCCCCCAAGCACAACCCGCAGAGCAAAGGGGAGAUGAGAGGAUUCAUCAAUGCCAAAGUGUUCUACUUUGUAGAUUUGAGGGAGGCUGGUGAGUCAUGGUACAGCCAUAAGGCACGGGCACAGUGUCAAAAAAAAGAAAGAAAAAGCAUAAAAGGAAUGAGCAUUGAUUUCAUUUAGAAUUCAAAUAAGGAAAAAAAUAGAACGUUUGUUGUUGUUUAUUUUAUACUGAUGAAACGCCCUCUCUGUCCCUUUUUAGGAUGCUGUAUAAAUGCUUGCAAUUGAUUGUGCGUUGCCGUGUGAAAUUGAUGUACGAUGUACAUUUUCGAUGUACGUUUCAAUUCAUACCUUUGUACCAUUUACAUUGUGUCUGCCAGUAGAGCUAUUUUGUAAUAACGUUGUUUUGUUUUGUUGACUUUUAUUGUUUCUUUCCAUCAAUAUACAGUAUUUUACUAUGGAGCGAUCAAUGUGGAGCUACGCUCUUCUUCUUUGGUAACACUACAACUACAGUAGGUUUCAAAGAAGGUAAGUGCAAUAAUGAUCUGUCCCUCUUGCACUUUCAUCUACUAUCUCCGUUGCACAGUUUCCACCAUUAGAGGGAGUGAUGCCUGGUAGCGAGUUUGCAGCAUGGACACUGUAAAACAAAAUGAUGUUGUGGUGUGAUUUCAAAAAGACAGACAUCUAUGUGCAGUAUACAGUUAUUCUUCAGUCGGCAAUGUUGUGUAUCCUGGUCUCCCUUUGGCAGUUCUCUGCAUUGUACAAUCUACCCUUGUUUGUUUGGAUGGUUUGUGUUAUUGUAUUUUGUAUUGUCAUUUGUCUAUAAUAAAAUGAUCAUUGAUCAUG